CGCUGCCGCCGCCGCCGCCGCGGCCGCCUAUGACGGGCCGCUGGCGGCGGCCGCCGAGAUCGAGCAUGGGCGCGUGAGCAUGCUCGCCACGAUGGGCUACAUCACGCCCGAGGUCGCUGGCAAGUUUCCUGGCGAGUUCUCCCCGUCUCUCGGGGUGAAGUUCGAGGCUGAAUGCCGAGAUCGCGAACGGCCGCCUGGCCAUGAUGGCGAUCAGCGGGAUGUUCUUCCAGGACGGCCUCACGGGCAGCGCCUGGGGCGACUGGGCGCUAUACACGGACUCCCCGCGGCGCGCCUUCGAGAGCGAGCUGGGCGUGCAGGCGCUGGCGGGCUUCUGUACGACCCCUCGAGGGCUCUCGGCGACUACGAGAACGGCGGCGUCCUGGGCGUGCCCAACGGCAGUACCUUGCCGGCCGGCGAGACCAAGUCCCGCAAGAGGCUGGCGAUGAUGGCGAUCAUCGGGGUGUUCUACCACUCCCUGCGGAUGUCCGGCGCCAGCUUUUGCGAGCCGGGGAGGGGUGACGUCUACACCGCCUACUUCGAGGUGAAGGGCGACGCUUGGGGCGGUGUCCCAUGUCGCUGCUGAGGCGUGUGUGACGGCAAAGGGGCAUCCUACUAGGCUGCGGGGGCUGUUUCGCGGGGAGACCUCCGAUGCCUUUGAUGACUCGUCAUCAUUAAACACUUUCCCCGUUGUGGAGCCAGGACGAGUGGCAUCGCAUCCUCCGCAGUUUUUGGUACAGGUUACCGGUUCUGUGAAGAGCUGCGGCCGUCACAGGGACAGAGUGCGACGUCCACAUCGAAUUAGCCGACAGUUGUUACCAUCAUACGGAUUGCGUUUUUCGACCAUGAAUUGCCAGGGUCUGCAAUGGAAUUUGGUGCAUCACGCUCA